AUGAAGGCAGAACCAAAAUGGGGCCAGCUAAAAGGCCACUUUUUCACUAUGUUAGUGUUUGGUAAUGAAAUGGUGCGUUUGAACGCCGUGUUUGUUUCCAACAUCAUCCUACUAUUUUGCUAUUUUGGUUCGGGUUUGCCGACAUCGGUUAAUGGCGAUGACCACCGUGUUUCAGCCCGGGCUCUAUACGAUAUCUUGAAUGAUGAAAGCUACCGGCUUAUGUUGGCAGCCAUCCUGGAGGACUACCUUCGAAUUAACAGUACCAACAGCUUAGUAGCGUGGAGAAAUCCAGCUUUCGCUCACUACGAUCAGAAGCUGAUAAUCGCCUUGCAGAGCCAGCUAGAGGAGGACGAUGAUACGUACGAAAAUGAUCAACCACACGCCGACCCAGUUUCGCUGCUGCCUAUACAUGGUGGUCUCAAAUUUGUUACCAACUACUGCGGCCCGGGAAACUGGUCCGUUGAUGGAAAUACAGUGCAAAAUUCAUAUUUUUCUAACUUAGAUCAGUGCUGCAAGCAACACGACGAGUGCCCAUAUACAAUAGUGGAUCGUAGUGACUACCGCCGGUAUAAAAAUCUCCCCUAUAAACCACAGUUGUUUACCAGACUUCGCUGCAUCUGUGACGUGGAUUUUAUACGCUGCUUACAGAACAUUGCAACAUUUUUCUCUUAUGCAGUUGCAUGGAUAUAUACGAAGUUUCAGUCAAAUUGCUUCGACUACGAGUAUCCAGUGAUGAAAUGCACCAAGAAAAGAAACGAUGGCAUUUUCUCCACAGAUCGCUGCUUAACCUAUUUGGUAAAUAAUUCUUUGGACAAAUGUUGGCAGUGGUUCGACCUGCCGCAUCUUAGCGCGAAUACAUUUUUCUUUCCCGAAGUGGAAUAUUAUGUUGAGCAAGAUCGGUUCAACUCAUCUUUACCUCGAAGUUUUGAGACUACAUAACACAAAAUAUAGUUGCUCCCUUAGAUUA